AUGACUUUCUCAAACCAACCCUUCUAUUGCAUCUUCUUCCUCUUACAUCUCUUACCUCUCUUACGUGCUUCGCACCCAAAAGACUGUUCUUCUUCCUCAUGCGGUCUUCAUGAUGUCCAUGUCCGCUUCCCUUUCUGGCUAGACCCGAACCAGCCUGAAUUCUGUGGCCACCCAGGGUUCGAUCUCCACUGCAGCAUUAGUCAAAACACAGCUUUAAACCUUCCCAAGUCCGGAACAUUUCUUGUCCGAGAGAUCGACUAUGAAAGCCAGCAUAUUCGUCUCUAUGACCCCGAGGCUUGCUUAGCAAGAAAGCUUUUGACCUUUGACGUUUCGGGUUCUCCUUUCUCUGCUAUUUACCUUGUCAAAUACACGUUCUUGAGCUGUCCUAAUGAGAUUGCUAUGUCGUCCGAGUUUGACUCCAUCACAUGUCUAAGCAAUUCCACGACCUCGUUCUUGGUUACAACUAGUUUAGGUAUCCCCAAAUCUAUGCCGCCUUCUUGUCAGAUUGUCAAGACAGUAGAUGUUCCAGUUUCUCGGCCGGUUUUUGCUGAGAAACCGAUAUUCUCGGCUUUUGUCAACAAUCAAGAUCUUUGGCUAAAAUGGGAUUCUCCAAGAUGUAGCACUUGUGAGAGGGAUCGUUUGAGAUGUGGAUUCAUAAGCAAUUCUUCUCUUCAAGUCAAAUGCUUCCCUUUUCAAAAAUCAGGCAAUAACAACACGGGACAAGUGCUUAAAAUUAUAAGCCUGGCCAUUAUCGGACCUGUCCUAAUCUUUGCUACUUGUAUUGCUAUCGGAGUUUGCACCUCUGAGAGAUUCACUACCUGGAGACGAGUAGAUGUGGCAGCUGAAACAAACGAGGUUACAGUCCCGGAGGGGCUUGACGAAUCUACAAUAGAAUCGUAUAAGAAAGUGGAGCUAGGUGAGAGUAUAAGAUUACCGGGAGUUAAUGAUAUUGUUUGUCCCAUUUGUUUAUCUGAGUAUGCGUGCAAAGACACCGUGCGGUGCAUACCGGAAUGUGAACAUUGCUUCCACAUUGAAUGUAUAGAUGCAUGGCUUAAGAUUCAUGGUACGUGUCCUCUUUGUCGGAAUUCGCCUUCUCCAGCACGUGAAGCUGUCUGAAAUUGAACAAAAAUGAGUGUACAUCUCGUUCAAGGAGCAAAACUGAAGCUGAGUUGAUGGAAUAAUUUAAUUUAAAGUUGUAAUGGACAUAGUAGCUAGUUAUUAUGUUUAUUUACUUUUUCAUUAUAUAUACUAUACUUUAUCUCCAUGCAUUUUAAACUUUGCUUAUGUAUUGUAAAACAACCCCACUGAAGAAAUUAAAA